GUUUAAAUUUUAGUUUUUCCUAGGGAAAUAAUUCAUUUGAGAAAUAGCUUUUCUAUGUCUAGAUAGUCAAAGAUUAGAACUUUAUAUAUCUUUGUGGCUCUUUCAAAAUUACUAGAUGAACAAAAUGGCAAGGACUUUUAACAAGGGAAGAAACAUGCCUUCAGGACUUGCUCUUUGGAGCCCCUUACUUCAUCUACUUGUUCUUGUUAUGUGUGUUCAAGGAACUGGAGGCAGGAAGAUGAGUGGAACACAAGAUGGUGAUGGCCAUGAAACAACACAUACAGAGCAUGCUCAUGAUCAUCAUCCAUCAUCCCACAUGCAUCAUCACAUGGACCCUUCAGUUAUGAUUUUCUUCACCUUGGAGGAUCUAAAGGAGGGCAAAACCAUGGCCAUUUAUUUUCCCAAAAGAAACCCUUCAAAAUCCCCCCACUUGUUACCAAGAGAAGAAGCUGAUCAAAUUCCUUUCUCAUCAAAAGAACUGCUCCACCUCCUUCACUUCUUCUCCUUCUCUCAAGACUCUCCCCAAGCCAAGGCCAUGGAAGACACUCUCAGGGAGUGUGAGAUUGAACCCAUCAAGGGAGAGAUCAAGUCCUGUGCUACUUCGCUAGAAUCCAUGCUUGACUUCACACGUGGCGUCUUCGGAUUGGAAUCCCCUUUCGGUGUUGUAGCCACAACCCAUCUCACAAAUUCAACUACCAAUUUCCAGAACUACACUAUUUUGGAAGAGCCUAAGGAGAUUUUGGCUCCCAAGAUGGUGGCUUGCCACACUAUGCCUUACCCUUAUGCAAUUUUCUACUGCCAUAGCCAGCAAAGUGCGAACAAGGUUUUCAAGGUUUUGUUGGGUGGUGAGGAUGGAGAUAGGGUAGAAGCUGUUGCUGUUUGUCACUUGGACACCUCUCAAUGGAGCCCUAAUCAUGCAUCUUUCAGUGUGCUUAGGACUAAGCCAGGGGCUUCUGGGUGUCAUUUCUGUCCUGCUGAUAAUCUUGUGUGGGUUCCAGCAUCCACUUCAAUGUAGUAAUUUUAAUGCAGGGCCAGUGUUUGAACCAUAAUAUAAAAGGUCAAGCUUCUUCGGAAGCUUUUGAUUUUCCACUGAAA